AUGGCCGCGAUUGAGCCUUCUGAACCAGAGCAGAUUCCAGCAAAUCCAUCCCUCUGGACGAGGUCGCUCAUAUCCGGGGCUGUGGCAGGUCUUACAGUUGACCUCUCGCUCUACCCUCUCGACACCAUAAAAACCCGCCUCCAACAAGCGCGUAAACACACUGGAUCUUCCACAAAACACUCCACUCCGUCUCUCCGGCAAACCGUGCGCGGAAUCUACGCUGGACUCCCCUCUGUCCUCCUCGGCUCUGCCCCUUCAGCCGCUAGCUUUUUCAUCGUCUACGAUGGCGUAAAUCGCUUCCUUUUGUCUCCUCCGUCAUCCUCGACUUACACCCCCGUAUCCUGGCAACAUGCGAUCUUCACACAUUCUCUUGCAUCAUCUCUUGGCGAAAUAUCCGCAUGCGCAGUCCGAGUCCCUACAGAGGUAAUAAAGCAACGCGCCCAGGCAGGGUUGUUUGGUGGAUCCACGUUACAUGCGCUCAAGGAUAUCCUCUCAUUACGGCAUGCUGGAACCGGGAGCGCCCAUGAUACACGAGCUAGAGGCUUGGGGCUCGUUAUAAGAGAGUUAUAUCGCGGCGCUACCAUCACGAUUGCGCGAGAGAUACCAUUCACGGUCCUGCAAUUUACGUUGUGGGAGACGAUGAAAGAUGCAUACGCAUCUCGAAAGAAUGCAGGAACAGAUACCAGCACCGUCCCGGGGUCUGGAUUGAUAGGGGUAGGUGCGGCACCGAGUGCAUUAUUUGGCAGCCUUGCGGGGGCUGUUGCGGCUGGCCUGACGACUCCUCUCGAUGUUGUCAAAACUAGAGUCAUGCUAGCGAGGAGAAGUGGCAGCGAUCAUAUACGAGUGCGGGAUGUAGCGCGUAGACUCAUGAAGGAGGAAGGGUUUGGCGCGUUCUGGAGAGGGAUUGGGCCAAGAGUUGCGUGGAUUGGGGUUGGAGGUGCUGUCUUCUUGGGUAGUUACCAAUUUACUUCGAAUAUGCUUCGAACAAGACAGGCUGGCAAUAUACGUGCUGGACUGGAGCCCCUAUGA